AUGUGGGUUCUCUUUUCGGUUUCUAUCUUCGUUGCCAGUGAAUUCGUUGUUGGUAGUACUAUAACUGGUUCUGCGGUUUCAUCAUUUGUUCUUUAUUGCCGUAAAUUUGGUGACUCAAUGCCAUUUUCUAGAUUGAAAAUGGGUUUUGUUGAUUUUGCCAUAAUGGUGUGCUAUUGA